AUGACAAAUUCUUUUGAUCAUGUUCUAGGGGAAGGAGGAUUUGGAACUGUCUACAAAGGAAAAUUACCCGAUGCAAGCGGCCGAGAUAUCGCAUUGAAGAUCUUGAAGGAUUCAAAGGGGAAUGGAGAACAUUUCAUCAAUGAGUUAGCUAGCAUGAGUAGAGCAUCUCACGUUAACAUAGUUUCUUUGUUUGGAUUUUGCUAUGAAGGGGGCAACAGGGCUAUAAUUUACGAGUUCAUGCCGAAUGGAUCCCUCGACAAGUUUAUUUCCGAGAAUAUGUCAAAGAAGAUGGANUGGAAAAUUUUAUACAACAUCGCGGUAGGUGUAGCUCGUGGGUUAGAGUACAUGCACAAUAGUUGUGCAUCAAGGAUUGUGCAUUUCGAUAUAAAGCCACAAAAUAUACUCAUGGACGAGGAGUUUUGCCCCAAGAUUUCGGAUUUCGGUCUAGCUAAGCUUUGCAAGAAAAAAGACAGUAUCAUAUCAAUGCUAGACGCGAGAGGAACCGUAGGUUACAUUGCUCCUGAAGUGUUUUCCAAGAGCUAUGGAGGAGUUUCGCAUAAGUCGGAUGUGUAUAGUCGGACUUGA